AUGCUUGCUUGGUACACAACCAGAGGCAAUAACAUGAUGCCAUGGCUAAGAGGACGAGUCCUCAAGGUGCUGAGAAGUGCGCGGGGAUUCUGUGGGCCUCAUGGACAACCACCACCUCUACUUGACCCUCAGGACAUUGUGGCCACCUGGGAAGCAAUCAGCCUGGGGAGGCAGCCAGUGCCUGAGUACUUCAACUUUGCUCACGAUGUACUGGACCUGUGGAGCCAGCUAGAAAAGGCUGGACACAGGCCCCCGAUCCCUGCAUUCUGGUGGGUCAAUGGCGCGGGAGGAGAAGUCAAGUGGAACUUUGAGCAGCUGGGGCAGCAGUCCAGGAGGGCAGCGAAUGUGCUGAGGGACACGUGUAGCCUUCAGCCUGGGGACAGGAUGAUGCUGGUGCUCCCGCGGCUCCCGGAAUGGUGGCUGGUCAGCGUGGCAUGUAUACGGACAGGAGCUGUCAUGAUUCCGGGUGUCUCUCAGCUGACGGAGAAGGACCUCAAAUACAGGCUGCAGGCAUCCAGGGCCAAGUCCAUUAUAACCAGUGACUCCCUGGCUCCGCGGGUCGACGCCAUUAGUGCUGACUGCCCCUCCCUUCAGACCAAGCUACUGGUGUCAGACAGCAGUCGGCCAGGCUGGAUGAACUUCAGGGAACUCCUCCGCGAGGCAUCCACAGAGCACAACUGUGUGAGGACCAAGAGUCAAGACCCACUGGCCAUCUACUUCACAAGUGGCACUACUGGGGCCCCCAAGAUGGUUGAGCACUCCCAGGCCAGCUAUGGACUGGGUUUUGUGGCCAGUGGAAGGCAUUGGGUGGACUUGACCAAAUCAGACAUCUUCUGGAACACCUCAGACACGGGCUGGGUGAAGGCAGCCUGGACCCUCUUCUCUGCCUGGCCUAAUGGAUCUUGCAUUUUUGUGCAUGAACUGCCCCGAGUUGAUGCCAAGGUUAUUCUGAAUACUCUCUCCAGUUUCCCGAUUACCACCCUCUGCUGUGUCCCCACCAUCUUCCGGUUGCUUGUACAGGAGGAUCUGACCAGGUACCAGUUUCAGAGCCUGAGGCACUGUCUGACCGGAGGAGAGGCCCUGAAUCCUGACGUGAGAGAGAAAUGGAAGAGCCAAGUGGGCCUGGAGCUGCAUGAAGGCUAUGGCCAGUCUGAAACAGUUGUAAUCUGUGCCAAUUCAAAAGGCAUGAAAAUCAAAUCUGGAUCCAUGGGGAAAGCGUCCCCACCUUAUGAUGUGCAGAUUGUGGAUGAUGAGGGCAACAUCCUGUCUCCGGGAGAAGAGGGAAAUGUUGCUGUCCGAGUCAGGCCUGUCCGGCCCUUCUGUUUCUUCAGUUGCUAUUUGGACAAUCCUGAGAAGACAGAGGCAUCAGAACGAGGGGACUUUUACAUCACAGGGGACCGAGCCCACAAGGACAAGGAUGGCUACUUUUGGUUCAUGGGACGAAAUGACGAUGUGAUCAAUUCCUCAAGCUACCGGAUUGGGCCUGUUGAAGUGGAAAGUGCCCUUGCCGAGCACCCAGCUGUCCUGGAGGCUGCUGUGGUCAGCAGUCCAGACCCCAUCAGAGGGGAGGUGGUGAAGGCUUUUAUAGUCCUUUCUCCAACUUACUCCUCUCAAGAUCCAGAGAAACUAACUCGGGAGCUCCAGGAGCAUGUGAAGAGGGUGACUGCUCCAUACAAGUACCCCAGGAAGGUGACCUUUGUUUCAGAACUGCCCAAGACGGUUUCUGGAAAGAUCCAAAGGAGUAAAUUGAGAAGCCAAGAGUGGGGGGAGACGAGAGGCAGCCCACGAAAGGCCCCAUAG